AUGGCAUCGCUUAUCAUGGGAACUUUGCACAUGGGACCCUUCUUCAGCAUCAUGGGGCGUCGGUAUAAAAGGAGGCGCAAGAAACGCUCCGAGAGGAAAGACAGAAACAAUCUCCGCCAGUCAAGAAAUCCUCAAAAAUAUUUGGCCAUGGAUAUAGAAGAUGAAGAAAACAUGAGUUCCAGCAGCACUGAUGUUAAAGAAAACCGCAAUCUGGACAACGUGCCCCCCAAGGAUGGCAGCACACCAGGGCCUGGCGAGGGGGCCCCACUCUCCAAUGGGGGUGGCGGUGGCCCCAGCAGGAAGCGGUCCCUGGAGGAGGGCAGCAAUGGCCACUCCAAGUACCGCCUGAAGAAGAGGAGGAAAAUGCCAGGACCUGUCUUACCCAAGAAUGCCCUGAUGCAGCUGAAUGAAAUCAAGCCCGGGUUACAAUACACGCUUCUGUCCCAGACUGGACCCGUGCACGCGCCUUUGUUUGUCAUGUCUGUGGAAGUGAAUGGGCAGGUUUUUGAGGGCUCUGGCCCUACAAAGAAAAAGGCGAAACUUCAUGCUGCUGAGAAGGCCCUAAGGUCUUUUGUUCAGUUUCCCAACGCCUCCGAGGCCCACCUGGCCAUGGGGAGGACCCUAUCUGUCAACACGGACUUCACGUCUGACCAGGCUGACUUCCCUGACACACUCUUCAAUGGCUUCGAGACCCCUGACAAGGCAGAGCCGUCCUUUUAUGUGGGCUCCAACGGGGAUGACUCCUUCAGCUCUAGUGGGGACCUCAGCCUGUCGGCGUCCCCAGUGCCUAUCAACUUUGCCCAGCCUCCCCUUCCCAUUCUCCCACCAUUCCCACCCCCGAGCGGGAAGAAUCCCGUGAUGAUCUUGAAUGAGCUGCGCCCAGGACUGAAGUACGACUUUCUUUCUGAGAGUGGGGAAAGCCACGCCAAGAGUUUCGUCAUGUCCGUGGUUGUAGAUGGGCAGUUCUUCGAAGGUUCGGGGAGAAACAAGAAGCUUGCCAAGGCCCGGGCUGCACAGUCUGCCUUGGCCACUGUUUUUAAUUUGCACUUGGACCAGACGCCAUCUCGCCAGCCUAUUCCCAGCGAGGGUCUUCAGUUGCAUUUACCACAGGUGUUGGCGGAUGCUGUCUCGCGCCUGGUCCUGGGUAAGUUCGGGGACCUGACCGACAACUUCUCCUCCCCGCACGCUCGCAGGAAAGUGCUGGCAGGAGUUGUCAUGACGACAGGCACAGAUGUUAAAGAUGCCAAGGUGAUAAGUGUUUCUACAGGAACCAAAUGUAUUAAUGGUGAAUACAUGAGUGAUCGUGGCCUUGCAUUAAAUGACUGCCAUGCAGAAAUAAUAUCUCGAAGAUCCUUGCUUAGAUUUCUUUAUACACAACUUGAGCUUUACUUAAAUAACAAAGAUGAUCAAAAAAGAUCCAUCUUUCAGAAAUCAGAGCGAGGGGGCUUUAAGUUGAAAGAGAACGUCCAGUUCCACCUGUACAUCAGUACUUCUCCCUGUGGAGAUGCCAGAAUCUUCUCGCCACAUGAGCCAAUACUGGAAGAAUCAGCAGAUAGACAUCCCAAUCGUAAAGCAAGAGGACAGCUACGGACCAAAAUUGAGUCUGGUGAGGGGACGAUUCCAGUGCGGUCUAAUGCAAGCAUCCAGACGUGGGAUGGGGUGCUGCAGGGGGAGAGACUGCUCACCAUGUCUUGCAGUGACAAGAUUGCACGCUGGAACGUGGUGGGCAUCCAGGGAUCACUGCUCAGCAUUUUUGUGGAGCCCAUUUACUUCUCAAGCAUCAUCUUGGGCAGCCUCUACCAUGGGGACCAUCUUUCCAGGGCCAUGUACCAGCGCAUCUCCAACAUAGAGGAUCUCCCCGCUCUCUACACCCUCAACAAGCCUUUGCUCAGUGGCAUCAGCAAUGCAGAGGCGCGACAGCCAGGGAAGGCACCCAACUUCAGUGUCAACUGGACGGUAGGCGACUCUGCUAUCGAGGUCAUCAACGCCACGACUGGGAAGGACGAACUGGGCCGCGCGUCCCGCCUGUGUAAGCACGCGUUGUACUGUCGCUGGAUGCGUGUGCACGGCAAGGUGCCCUCCUACUUGCUGCGCUCCAAGAUCACCAAACCCAACAUGUACCAUGAAUCCAAGCUGGCAGCCAAGGAGUACCAGGCCGCCAAGGCACGUCUAUUCACAGCCUUCAUCAAGGCAGGGCUGGGUGCCUGGGUGGAGAAGCCCACAGAGCAGGACCAGUUCUCCCUCACACCCUGACCUGGGGUGCACAGCAGGAACAGGGGCUGUCGGGCAUCCAGCAUCAGCCCCAGAGCCUCGCCUCUGAACUGGGGGCAGGUGCACACUCGGGGAGGGCAUGGGGACGUGGGGGACCACCAGGCGUGCAGCGCCGUCCCGGCGUCUCAUCGCAGAACUGGGCAGGGGUGUGGCGUGGGUGUGCACAGGGCUAUGGGGCACAGUCGCCACCUGGCCUCUUUCCCACAGCGUCGCCCCUUCUGAAUCGUCCAGCGACUGCUUUCAACCUCCGUUUACGUCUAGAAAUUGAGUUCUACUGAGUAGGGCUUCCUUAUGUCUAGGAAAAUAGAAACUACUUUGUGUGAAAUUAUUGAAUAAAUAAUUUAUUCAGAGCUAGGAAUGUGGUUUAUAAAAUAAGAAUUAUGUCAGACCACUUUUAUGCCACAUCAUUUUAAUUGCAAGAAAGCAUCUCCACAUGGAGGCAGGGAGAAGGUAGCAGUAGGAAGUAGUCACCCACAGGAGCUGCCACAUGUAUCUGAGCUUAGGUUUCUCCAUAGGUACUUCCGUGGUUAGUUUCACAUAUUAGAUUUAAACAUCUCUCCUGGGAGCAGACUCCCAGCAUGAUGUAGUGACACUGGGUCUCACCACAGUGACUGUGUGUCCCUUAGAGUUGUGACCCAGGUCCCUGUCACCCUCAGCCGCCUCUAGAAGCUUCUGUACUCCUUGUAGGAUCAGAUCAUGGAACCCUUUUCUCAGUUUACUUCUAAAUAAUCACAGAUAAAAUAUGGCCAGCGACUCUGUGCUGGCAUUCACUUGGGUUUGUAAGACAAUGUUUAACUUGUAUGAACUAGAAGGAAUCAUAGGGGCUCCUGCACAUCCCACAGCCUAGAACUCCCUCAUUCCUUCCUCUGAAUCUAAUGGACAUGAAUGACUGCCCAAAGACCUUCACAGGAUGGAAACAGGAUUAGUUAAGUGGAUGUUUAUCCUUAGGGAAAUGCCACAUUUUAAGUUUUUAAAUUAUUCUUUCCAGCUUUAUCAAAGACAUGUUUGAAAAACCAAAAGCAUCCAGGUGAGAGUGGGUAAGCCCACAUGCCGCUGGCAUAGUAUAGACUAGACAUUGACUGUCAUAACAGGGGGCUCAGGGAGCUGCGCUCAGGGCCCUUGGUGCAGACUCCCUCAGCCAAGCUCAGAUUCUGCACUGGGUGCCUUGUUGCCUCACUCAGGAUGAGAGGGGAGUGGGAGGGGUGUUCCAGGUCAGUGUCCACCUUCAGAGGCGUCUCCUGGUCCCAGAGAUGGGUGCAGACCCCACCUCCCAGCAUACCCCCCCCCGAAAAGUCUGGGGUGUCAGCACCUGCGUCCUUUAUGGGCUUACAGAAAUAGGAACAGGAGCAGAGGGGCUGCCAUCAUCCCCAGCAGGUCUCAGGAGCCCUGUCUGCAUGUGUGCACAUGGAUGUAUCAUGGCUGUCUCCCCUGUGUGGUAAGAAGGGACACUACUCAGGGCUCACUGUUGGGGACACAGCCAGGUUCAAAACGUGAACAUCUGUCCACACCAGCCUUUUCUCCUGAAGAGGAUAGUUGUCUCCAUAAGCCAGUCAGAGCAGUCACAAGCCAGUCGGCCCCUGCAUCACCAUGGGGAAGGGGUGGGUGAGGCAUAUUUGGGUAAGAUGUGCCAGGGUUUUCUUCAUGCCUGCAGGAGGAAAGGUGUCUGGGGUGUCACUGCCCUCCUAAAGCAGGCUCUUGUACACUCUAGGAGACAAUGUGUGAGGCUAUGUUUUUAUUCUUGUCUCUACAAAUUGUAUUUUUUUCUAAUGGGGAUUGGCAUUAGUUUUUAAAAAUAAGUGAAUUUUGGUUCCGAAGUUUAGUGGAGAUAUAUUCCAUAUGCACAUGAAGCUGUGCAGUAUGCCUAGCCAUUACCCUCUGUCAGGUCAUAGUUGGCAUGACUGUGGCUGCCACCUCCCUGCCCACAUCAAUGAAUGAGUGCCUCACUGAAGCCCAGGGCUGAGUGAGGGGAUGCCUGUGGCAAGGGCAGGCACAGGGCUCCCCACCCAGAGUGACCAGGCCUAAUUCAGAAAGUCCUGGGGAGGGUGGGGGCAAGGGACCCCGUGUACUCCUAGGACAGCUCUGUGAUCAGAAAAAUAUAAGAAUGCCAACUCCACCAUGAGACAAAUCAGGAAACAUAGCACUUUACCCUCCUUUGGACGCUGGCGUGCGUUAUACUGUAGCUAUUCCUUCAAGGGGCCGUGUUGCUCCUGUGCCCUCGAUCAGGACUUUAGAGACUUUGCAGAAAACUGAACACAAUGAAGAGCUUGAUUUUUUUUUUUAGAAAAAUCUUAAGUGUUGAGGACAUUUUAAUAGUAGGGGAUGGGAAGGUUUCUGUUUUGUUUUGUUAGCUCCACCUGAAGCAUUAAUUCCACAGAGACACUGUCCCUCAGCACCACUCAGGUACACUCUGCCAGGGCCACGUCCAACAAGGAGGUCAGUGCCAACAAGAGGUCCCCUGGAGUGGGGGAGUGGCGUAUUCCGAGCCAGGAGCCAGCUGCAGGUUGAGUGGGUGUCAGUGUGAUCACCUGUGUCAGCCCUGGUCACCUGCUCAUCGUGCCACAAGGGCCACCUCUUCCCAGCAAAGAACUGCAGUUUUGAUUCUGUUUUACUGUAGCUUCUCAUCAUCUUUUCCUAUUUUGGAGAAUUUUUUCUAAUUAAGAGCAGUUACUUUAAAAUGUACAAGAUGACAUAAGGCAUUGGUUUCUCUGGAAUUUUUUUUUAUUCAAAUAAUUGUCUUACAUAUCCCCAGGUUGCAGUCGCUUCUUUCUUUGUAAGGAUGGGGUUUCUCCCGUUUCACACAGGCACACUGAGGAGGUGGUGGCUCUCUCCUCACACAUGCAGAUCUGUGGGUGGAGUGUGUGACUGUGGGUAUCUGCACACCUGGAUUUGUCCCCUUUCUCAAAAUCAGGGAACAGGUACAACACAGAUGGAUCUUUUUCACUUCUGAAAUAUUUUACACCAGAAGUGUAAGGUCUGCCCUGACCGUAACUUUGAUCCAGCAAAGAAAGGAAAUUAGCUGACUCUCCCUGCCCCUCAAUUCCAUCAAAUUAUAGACUGUCUCAAAAGGCUCCUUUUUAUCAACCCAGACUACAUAAGAGGAAAGGGCAGAGUAUUUGUGUCCAGUGUGUGGUUUGUGUGUCCUUGCCCCUACCAUGUUGUGUGACAAUCUCUCUGAGUGUAAGGAGAAGGGAGCACCCACCUGAGGCCAUGUUUGCCCAAUGCUGGGGGAUAGGACUAGGGAAGGUGCCGAGGUGGGUGGAAGGUCUGGCAUGGUCAUGACUAGUUGUGAGGGUGUGUCCAUUUUUUUGGUCCUGUGUGAAAGUCCUCCUGUCUGGCAGCAUUGUCUGCACUUCUGUGUUUACUGUUUGGAGGGAUGGCUACCAAACCCCAGAACAUGGAUUCUGGCCACAGCAUGAGCUACUGUUCUGUACACAGCUGCUGGGCCAUUCUUCUGAGCAUACAUGUGAGUGAUGAAAAGCACAGUUACUGGAACACGAAUGGAGCGAGCCCCUAAAGCUGUGUGCUUAUCCUGGCUUUGGGUUAUAUGCUUUUAAUUUGAUUUUAGAACUUGGACACUUUAUAUGAAUGUAAUCCAGCCAAGAACCCUGUUGCUAAGCUACAGUCCUCAGUGUCCUCUGUAUAUCUGUGUAUCUGCCACACCUUCCAGCCUGCAUGAGCUUCUUCUCAGAGACCAGCCGGGACUGAGCAUGAGACGCUGUCAUAUAUAGACAAAGGGUUUGAGAUGUUCUCAAUAAAAAGCAAAAUGUUUCACUAC